UAUACGAAAGUGAUAAGAGAAAACACGUCCACUUACGAAAAGACCCGAUAAUUCCAAAAUCGAUUCAAUUGAAUAUAUCAUAUGGCAUUUUCGAUCUGACUUUAUGUUGUCCAGUAUUGAGCUAAGAGUUUGGCCUAAAAGUCCAUAGAGUGAGGUCGUGACUACAUAUUUAUUUGAAAAUUAACAAGAAACGAAACAAAAAUCUUCGAUUUAAAGAAGUUUUCGAUAUUUAUGGCUCUUCCACAACAAUUUUUGACGUGAAAUCCAAUCAAAGAAAGCGUCAAUCAUUUAACAAUGGUCCAACCACUGAAGCUGGUCGAUCUCAAUGAAGACGUAUUGGAGAAAAUAUUUUCUUAUCUGGACAUACAAGAUUUGGUCAAUGUUGUCAACAGUGACAAAGAGUACCUGAACAGCAGUCGCAGCGCAUUUAAAAGGAAGUAUAGAGGUACAUGCAUUCAAAUGCCUUUCGUCAGCAACGAGGUUGACCCAACGCAGCAAUGUGUUUCGAAUGUCGAGCUACUGCGUUACUUCGGCGAAAGUAUGUCCAUCCUAGAGUUCUGUUUCGAUUGCAAUCAUCCAAACGCUCAACGCAUUUUUCAUCUGGUUGUUACAUAUUGUCGCGAAACGUUAACCGAACUCAAAAUGUCACAUCUGUCGUCGGUCGGAUUUCCAUUGAACAAAUCUUUUACCAAGGUACGGAAGUUGACCUUCUCGAGAGGAAAUCCAAAUUUACCAUCAAGCCAGCUUGCCGAAUGGUUUCCAUCGUUGGAGAUUUUGGUUAUCGAUUCCAUCGAAGAUGUUCUUUGGUUAUUGAAAUCGAGUCAGAAAAUCUCCUCGUUGAAAUGUUUAUCGAUUGAUAUAACUAACGAACAUUUCGAUCGCGCAAACAUUCGCGAUUUGAACAAGUUUAUUGCAAUGAAUACCCAGCUCAAUGAAACUUGUUUAAGUUUACGGGACUACAAUGAUCAUCAUUUCAAUGAACCACAGUUGCCAAAUUUACAUGACGACCUGCCUGACGAUUAUAUUCUUCGAUAUUAUUAUCGAUCUCCAAAUUUGGUCAAUUAUUCAACAGUUUUCCCAAAUGAAACAGCGUUCACGUUAUGAAAGAAUUCAAGCAUAAAAGGCGCAUAUGGCGCGUGCUUACUAAACAAUUUUGUCGAAGUAAUCAGCAAUAAUUAAUAAAGAGUUCAAAAUGAAGUGUUCCAUCGA